GUUUCUAUAGCGACUGGGGGGUGGGCGGAGGGUGAAGAGAGAGGGUGUGGCCUUCCACCCUUUAGGUAAUUACCCAAUUUAGUCUCUAGCAGCAGCCGGGUUAGUCUGCUCCGACUUGGUGCGGCCACUCCAACACCUGCCCCCACCGGACCAAAGUUUGGACUUGCACAGUAGAUGACAUCAAAUUCCUUUGGCAGAAGAAGAUAAGGGGGAAAAUGGACUUCAUUUGACCUAUGGAAUUCUACCAUACUGAACAUAUGUCCCAAGAAAUGCAAUGGGAGUCCCUGCAAGUCCUACAAUGCCUCAAUUUCUGCCCCAAAGACAGCCCCCCAGGGAGUAAAGCCUCUGAUGAAUGCAGUAGAAAUACUGAAAUCAUACCAGGCAUUUCAACUGCCCAAAUAGCCCCUUCCUGAAUAUCAAGGCUGGAGGGGUAGGAGUGGAAGGCAGGGUUCCAAGAGCUGCUGAUUUUGAAAUUAACAAAAGGCCAUGGAAUCCUUUUGGCAUGAAUGCCCAGAACCUCUAGCUACUUCCUUGACACCUCUUCCUUCUAUUCUCCUCUCACUAAGGACAAAAAUGAAUGCAAGAAAGCUUGGAAAACGAAGUACAACGUCCUUUCCCAUUCUGAAACCAAGAAAGAAAUACAACUUCAGUUCUAUAAAGAAGUUUCCUGGAGCAAUUUUGUCUGGUGUACAUUCAAGAUCAAUUUCAAAACCGUCAUCCCAAGUGGAGAGUAAGGCUCAAAACCAACAACCCAAGUCCAAGAACAACAACCUGAGGCUAAACCAAUAUUUGCGUAAGAAAACCAACACUAGUGCUCCCUCACUCCCUUAUCUGGACAAUCGUUGUGGGAAGAAGAACACAGUCAGCGUAGUAAAGAUCCUUCCUCAAGACCAUAACCUCCCACUCAUCACCACAAAAAGCUUGGUGAAGGUACUCUCAAUGUCUCAGGAAAGCCAACACCACAACCUGGGGUUACCCUCUGAUAUCAAGAUUUCAUCGAACCUCUGCAGCCCAAGUCAGAACUUCAAGUCAGAGGAAAUUAUGACAUCCUACAAGUUUCCUCUGACAGCUGCAGAAGCCCUAAAACAUUUUAAGAAUCAACUAUCUGUGUAUGAACGAAAUGAAGUCCUGGGCUACACAGAAUUAUGGUUCCUGGGGCUUGAGGCCCAGAAGUUAGAUGUACUUCCUGAAAAACACAGCAAGACAAGCUUUGAUGAUGAGCAUGGCUCCUAUAUUAAGGUCCUGCAUGAUCACAUUGCCUACCGUUAUGAGGUCCUGGAGAUGAUUGGCAAAGGAUCCUUUGGGCAAGUGGCCAAGUGUUUGGAUCACAAAAAGAAUGAAUUGGUGGCACUGAAAAUCAUCAGGAACAAAAAGAGAUUUCACCAUCAAGCCCUUGUAGAGUUAAAGAUCCUAGAAGCCCUCCGAAAGAAAGAUAAAGAUAACACAUACAAUGUGGUUCAUAUGAAGGAAUUCUUUUAUUUCCGGAAUCACCUCUGCAUUACCUUUGAACUUCUGGGGAUUAAUUUAUAUGAGUUGAUGAAGAAUAACAGCUUUCAGGGUUUCAGCCUGACUGUAAUUCGGCGCUUCACAGUCUCAGUUCUGAAGUGUUUGCAAAUGCUGCAUGUAGAGAAAAUCAUUCACUGUGAUCUGAAGCCAGAGAACAUUGUUCUAUACCAAAGGGGCCAAGUAUCAGUUAAAGUUAUUGACUUUGGCUCAAGCUGCUAUGAACAUCAAAGAGUGUACACUUACAUCCAGAGUCGUUUCUACCGUUCCCCGGAGGUGAUUCUGGGCCAUCCCUAUGACACCGCCAUUGACAUGUGGAGUUUGGGCUGCAUUCUGGCAGAGCUGUACACUGGCUACCCACUUUUUGCUGGGGAGAAUGAAGUAGAACAGCUGGCCUGCAUUAUGGAGGUGCUGGGUCUACCACCAAUCUACUUAAUUCAGACUGCCUCCAGGAGGCAAACAUUCUUUGAUUCCAAAGGUUUUCCUAAAAAUAUAACCAACAACAGGGGGAAAAAAAGAUAUCCAGACUCCAAGGAUCUUACUACAGUGCUGAAAACCUGUGAUACCGGCUUUCUGGACUUUCUGAAAAAGUGCUUGAUAUGGGACCCUGCUCUUCGAAUGACUCCUGACCAGGCUCUCAAGCAUGCCUGGAUUCAGGAGUCAAAGAGCCUUAAAGCACGGUCCAAAAACCAGAACAUGAAGAAAGCCAGCCUCUGCUUCCUUGCAGAAAAGAAGGAUAAAGUCCAGCAACCACCCCGCUUGGGAAAAUCAGCAGAAAAGCCCCCCAGGGCAGAGGUCACAGAUACAACCAAAGAAGGAGCCACUGAGAGUGAUCAACAGCCUGAUGACCAGCAGGGCCCUGUUCAACCUUUGGGUGAAGGCAAAAUGGAAGUCGCAGGGAUAACCUGUGUCUGGUUGCCACCUUUAACAGAUGCUCCAGGAAAACUAGAGGCAGAUGAUGAGGAAUCAGAGGAGUGUACAGACUCCGAGGGAGAAAGUAGCAAAGAGACAUCUCCCAAGAACUCUACAUCCUUUUUACCACCCAUUGUAUGACCUUCACUGGGGAUGGAUUCUGUUCCUUUCCACCAGUGAUUUAUAUUAGAGACCAACUCUUAUAUUGUACAAUAUUUCAGAUUGUUGUUUUUAAUUUAUAUAGGUUCAUUAAAAAAAUGUCCAUUCACACA